AUGUCUGCUAAUGCGCAGCAGACAGUGCAGAUACAGGCCAUGGUGAGGACUAAGCACAGACCUGCUCUGAAUCCUUCACCAACGGCUGAGCAACCACCACAGAGUGAGCAACCACCACGGAGUGAGCAACCACCACAGAGUGAGCAACCACCACAGAGUGAGCAACCACCACGGAGUGAGCAACCACCACAGAGUGAGCAACCACCACAGAGUGAGCAACCACCACAGAGUGAGCAACCACCACAGAGUGAGCAACCACCACAGAGUGAGCAACCACCACAGAGUGAGCAACCACCACAGAGUGAAGAACCACCACAGAGUGAGCAACCACCACAGAGUGAGCAACCACCACAGAGUGAGCAACCACCACAGAGUGACCAGGGUAGAUACAUACAGAAAUGGUAG